AACACUUCAAAAGAGAAGAAAAGUCGUCAGCUCGAAGCAAAUUGUUUUCCGUGAAAAAGCAGUGAAAAUCGUCGGAAAAUUGAGAAUUUCCAUUCAAAAGGUGCUGAGUGCUGAAAUCAAACACAGAGAAACAAUAGUGAAAUGUUAUUCCAAUAUCAAUCAACGGUUUUACCUAACUUUUCAACAACUUUUGAUCAACUUCGUUGAACGAUCAGCUUGAAAAAUCGUUAGGAGUUUAUCGAUCAUCUUGCUGGAAAUCCCCGCCAAAAAAAAGUCAGCUCUCUACUCAUCCGACUUGCCCCCGGAACCAUGGACCAUGGCAAGUCCCCAACGCCACCGACCGAACUAUCUGUAACUCCAACGACGCUCCCGAAGCCCGCCACCGACGACAACCUGAGCAUCAAGUCGUCCGACUCGGUCACGACCAGCGGCGAGUACGAGAUCGUCCCGGAGGCCCCGUCCCUGUCGGACGUCGUCGACGGAACGCUCCCGUCGCCCAUCAUGAACAUUGUCAAAACGACGUCGAGCGGAGCGCGAAAGCCCCAGGAACCGAUCCGCGAGCCGAAGCAACCGAGCGAGCUGAACCUGGACGAGUGCUUGGGGGAUGACGAAGACGACGACGAUCAGCUGGUGGUUCCGCCGGCGGCUGGGGGGCAGAAGAAGCUGGACGCCAUCUCGCCGAUACUGAACAUUGAGGGAAACGGAAACGUGCUCGAUCUGGAGAAGAACAUGGACGAGGUGAUUCACGAGCUGGAGGAGGAGCGAACGCUGAGUGCGAGUGACGAUGGCGAGCAGUCGGGGAGUGCCAACAAAACUCCCGUGCGAUGUGUCGUCGAAGGCAAGCCUCAGCUGUUGCCGCUUCGGGAGUUUGCCCCGACGACGACGAUGGCAGCGCCGCCGCCGCUGCAAUCGCCGGAGAACCGCGUCGGCCAUUCGGUCUUUUACGACUGUCUGGCGAGUCCGGUCAAGCCGACCGAAACCGACGACGAGCUGUCCGACAUUGACCAGGAGUGUACGAUUUUCAGUGGCGUGACGUAUUUGGGGGCGACCCGGAUCAACGCGCCCAAAUCGGAGAAGGAGAUCCUGCAGAAGGUGGCCGAGAUGAACGCGAGUUCGCCGCUCGGGAUGAAGGUGUCCGUUAGCAUACCGACCCGCUCGGAAGGAUUGGUGGUGCUCAAGGAAUCGGAGACCGUCGUGGCGACGUACGAGGUGCAGCGGAUUUUGUUCUUUGCCCGAGGACCGGCAGGGUCGACCAACCAGGCGUGCUUUGCGUUUACGUGGUCCCACGGCGAAUGCCAGGAGACGGCCACCCACCAGUGCCACGUGUUCCGGUGCAACAUUCCCGAAGCGGUCAACCAAGUCAGCGGUUGCUUCGCGAAGGCCUUCCAGCGUGUGCUUCCCGCGAGUAUUCCGGCCAGUAUGACGAGCUCGCUGGUGGACAGCAGUGCGACCGGUGCCGGCGUUACCAACGUGAUGUUGGCCUCGAUCACGUCGGACUGCGCCGGGAAUCCGAUUCAGUCGGCGAUGUACGAGUUUAGCGUGUCGCUCGAGAUCAAGGAGAAGGACAAGAACAGUUACACGACGGUGCCGCGCGAUGCCAAGGCCAGCUUCAGGCUGCGGUGCAACACGGACAAGGAAGUUUCCAUCGUGGUGAAGCAGAUUCAUUCGGACCAGUUUCCGCCGUUGUUCAUCGAACGGUGCUUCGGAGUGCUGCUCAGCCCGGGGAAGAUCGUACGCCAGGCGGACAUGCAACUGUUGGACAUGGUCAGCAUGGGUUACAUCAAGUCGGACGUAUCUCCGGCGCCACCCCAACAAAACCCAAUGACCGCUUCGAUGACCUCGCUUGGUCCCGUGGCGGCAGCCUUCGUCCAGCUGCCGUACCAAAUCCGCGCCGAGUGGAAGGCCAACGACAAGGCGUUCGAACAGCUCAACACGGAAACGCAGAAAAAGUGUCUCACCGUUGCCGUAGAUCUAGUCAUCAAGGGAAUCCAGGAACCGGUCCGUUUCGUCAUCGAAACCUCCGUCAUGAUCCUCUCCCAAAGCGAACUCCGCAUCAUGCAGAACCUGUUCACCAACAAGCGUCUACUCGUAAUGCACUACUACCUGACCCUCCAGGAAAGCGGAGAAGGUAGCUGGAAGGUCGAGGCGAUCGACCACUCGGACGAGAUCGUCGAACCCCAACCCCCGGCCUCGCUCUCACUGAAUCUCAACUUCAAAACCUGGUCGUUCAAAACGUCCGCCAGCGUUCAGUCGAUGGAGUUUGACGACUCCAGCCCGGAUUACAGCUCCGACGGUGACGAACCCCUGCUCAGCGGCACCGGCGAAGUCAGCAAGGAUUGCCCGGUUGCUCUGCUGGACGAGUGGAACGAAAUUCUGAAGGAAUGGGACCGCGACAACCUCGACCGUCGGCCGCGCAACCUCACCAAUCUCGUCCGGUGCGGCAUUCCGGACAUCCUCCGUGGGGCCAUCUGGCAGAAGCUCGCCAACGUGGAGAACAAGACGGACAUGACCGAUUCGUACCGCGUGCUGCUGACGAAGGAGACGAGCUGCGAGACGGUGAUCCAGCGGGAUAUUAAUCGUACGUUUCCGGCGCACAAGUUCUUCAAGGAGAGCGGCGGAAUGGGACAAGAUAGUUUGUACAAGGUGUCGAAGGCGUACGCGGUUUAUGAUGCCGAGGUUGGGUACUGCCAGGGGUUGAGCUUCAUUGCGGCCAGUUUGCUGCUUCAUAUGCCAGAGGAGGAAGCGUUCUGCGUGCUCGUCGCUCUGAUGUACAAUUACGGCCUGCGCGACAUGUACAAGAUGGGCUUCGAAGUGCUGUACCUGCGCCUUUACCAGCUGAAUCGUCUCAUGAAGGAGCAGCUGCCGGAUCUGUACGAGCACUUCCAGAACACGGGCGUCGAGUCGCACAUGUUUGCCAGCCAGUGGUUCCUGACGCUGUUUACGGCGCGUUUUCCGCUGUACUUUGUGUUUUACAUACUGGACGUGUUUCUGCUGGACGGCGUAACGGUGCUGUUCCAGGUGGCGCUGACGCUGCUUUCCGUCUGCAAGAAGGAUUUGUUGGAGUUGGAUUUUGAGGGCAUUUUGAAGUACGUUAGGGUCACGCUGCCGAAAAAGUGCAGGAGCGAGGGUCAGGCCAAGCGGCUGAUGAAGCUGUCGUUUGAGUGCAAGGUGAAGAAGCUAAGGAAGUACGAGCUGGAGUACAUUGCGAAGAAGGAGGAGAGCGAGCGGGUGGAGCGGGAGAAGAAGCAGUACGAGCUGAAGUAUUUGGAGGAGAGGGCGAAGAUGCAGCAGGAGAUGUUGGCGUUGAACGAGCGGAUGGAGACGAUGAUUCGGGAUGACAAGAAGAACAACGGGAUCAUUACGGACUACAAGCAGAUCAUUCAGCGCCAGGAGCACGAGAAUAACAAGCUGCAUCAGAUGUUGGAUGAUUUGACGAAAACUGUUUCUGCGUGCACGAAGUGUGCCGGCAGCAUACCGAAGUCAUCCCCGUUGCACAAGAGUUAUGGCAAGAACCUGCAGCUGGCCAACAACGAGAACAACAAUGCUGAACAAACCAUCCACGGCGGAGACAGCAAUCUUGGCCCGCUGGAUCCGAUGCUGAUCGCUACCCAGCGGAUACGAGAGCUGGAGCUGGAGCUGGCCCAAACGAAGCUCGCGCAAGUCGAGGCCGAGUGUAAGGUUCAGGACCUUCACCACCAGCUGAACGCCACCCUGACGGAGAUGCAAACCAACCGGAGCAGCUGGCAGCCGUGGUUCUCGAAAACGCUAAACUCGAUCCAGGAAAAGGUCGUGACGAGACGCGACGCGCCAAUGCCCACGUUCCAGUCGUACACUGAGCCAAGUGUAAAACUGCGCGAACAUUCCCAAACCCUGCCGACGCAGACCCAGCUGCGGAACAAGCUGAACCAACAGCAGCAGCAGCACCAGCAACAGCGGCACAGUUUGUCCCACGCGAUGACCUGCGGCGAAGGAGGCGUCGUGGUGGGCGCCGCCGCAACCGGCAGUGGUGGCAACAGUGCGGCGGACCACGUGAUCUUGCGGGACUCCGCCCAACGGUGUCAUAGUCUGAAGUGAAUCCAGCCAUCAUCAGUCCAGAGGAGGAAGGUAGUAAAUACACACACUUAACACUUUAACGAUUAUACACGGAGGAAAAAGUAACACACAGAAGUAGAGCAGAUAAGUUAAGUGCAGCAGCCAUGAUAUUCUCACAAACACACACAAUGUUACUCCAAAUCUGAUCUAUAACAACCAUGCACUACUGGUUACGUUAAUUUUAAAAUUCAUCAACAGAGCUAAUCAGUUAGGAUUGUUACAUUUUAAGGCAUAUCUUAAGUGUUGUAUCGCGCUUGAAGAACGUUACAAUUGAGUCUCACUCUGUACUGUAAUCAAAUUAUUGGUUUUGUUCUAAAAGCUUUCAUCGAAUUUGAUUUAAAAAACCUGUUUUCUUUUUAAGUUGGCUUAUAAUAUAUUAAACAUUAUUCGAGAAGAAGAAGAAUCAAUGCAUUUCGUUCUGAAUUAAAACUGAGAAGUGUAUCUCGUAAGAAAUAAAAUGAAAAAAAAAAACAUUCACAGACCGCUUGUCCCAGAUGCGGGCUUCACACAUCCAGAUAAUGCAAAUUUUUAACAGUUACAAGGUUUCCGACAGUCUCCGCCACCGCUCCAAGCUUGUAAUGACAGCAAGACGUUAUCUAGGGACGAACUUCGGCUGCCUGUUUUUGAAAGGAUAAUUAGAUGACGGUUCCCUCCCACUCUCCCAUAGACGCAUUUUAGUGCAAUGUAAAUAAGCAAACUUUUUGAGGAUAUUAUAAAAUAAUUAUGAAAAAACAUGGUAAGAAAGAAGUCGUUUGAUUGCCCCUGUGCAAAAGCAACAACAUAAAACAGAAAUAUAAAAUAUAAACAGAAGCCAACCACAACCAGUAGCACAGCAUGCAAAAUCUCCGUAAUUAUAUUCCUGGUCAUCAUAAAAUCAAAUUGUGUACGAUGUACUCCCCCUCAAAACAAACUGCAAACGUUUAAAAAUAUAUAAAAACAAGAAUUAUUUAUAUUAUUCGCCCC